CACGAUAAUUCUUCAAACUCUGUGAACAACAAUGGCCGUCCAUUGCAGCACCACCGCCACUACAGUGACCGCUGUUUCUGGUUUCGGCUUCACGACAGUCUCUUCUCGUCCAAACCACACAACUUCUGUCGUUUCCCGACGCCAACUCGCCGGUCACCUCGUGGAGUUACUGCUUUUUGUCAGGGCAGGACACUAGAAGCUGUGACGUCACAGACAGAUGCAUGUGACGGCAAUAGAAUCGUCAGUUUCAUGAAGGGGAAGAGUUUCUUCAUCACUGGCGCAACAGGGUUUCUUGCCAAAGCUUUCAUCGAGAAAUUGUUGAGAGCAACUCCAGAGACAGGGAAGAUCUUCCUUCUGAUGAAGGCCGAUGAUCAAGAAGCUGCCCGCAAGAGGCUCCACGACGAGAUCGUAAACUCAGGCCUGUUCGAGCUCCUGAAACAAACACACGGGAACUCCUACGAGGCCUUCAUGACGAGUAAGUUGAUUCCGAUAGUGGGAGACAUUUCACAAAACAACCUCGGGAUGGACCCUGAAACAGCCGAUAUGAUUUCCAAGGAGAUCGAUGUCAUCAUCAGCUCUGCCGCCAGAACAAUCUUUGAGGACAGGUACGAUUUGGCUCUCAGCGCAAAUACAAUGGGACCCGACCAGUUCAUGAGAUUUUCCAAAAAAUGCAAGAAACUGAAGCUUGUUCUUCAUUUCUCAACCGUUUACGUGAAUGGAAUGAGACAUGGGAUAGUACCAGAAACUCCUCUUCCCAGAUUCGAAAUUGAGCAUGAGGGUAAGCUAGUUUCAGAAGCUGCAAGAACUUUCCUUGAGGGAGAAAUGACCCGGAAAAUGAAGGAACUGGGUCUUGAACGAGCCAUGAUCCAUGGGUAUCAUGACACCUAUGCUUUCACCAAAGCAAUGGGGGAGAUGGUGGUAGACAGCUCCCGAGGCGAUCUGCCCGUUGUGAUCGUACGACCUGGAAUCGUUGAAAGCUCUUACGUAGAGCCUUUUCCGGGAUGGAUACAAGGAGACAAAGUGAUGGAUCCAAUGAUAUUGGCUUAUGGCAAGGGGCAGCUUCCUGGCAUAUUUGGAGACCCUCAAGCUGUGCUCGACAUUGUACCUGUGGAUAUGACUGUGAAUGCAGCCAUGGCAGCCGUGGCCAAACAUGGUGUAGAUGCGAAGCCCGGGCUGACGGUGUACCAUCCAACUUCAUCUGUUGUGAAUCCACUGCGGCUUCACGAGCUCUUUCAUCUUGUUCAUCGACAUUUCUGCCACUCUCCAAUGAGAGACUCCAAAGGAGAAGGCAUAAUGACAGAGCCAAUGAAAUUUUACGGCUCUCUACAGGAUUUCUCCUCCUACAUAUCCAAAAUCAUAUCUGAAAAAGAACAAAAGACGAAACAGGAGAGAAAACUAAAGUAUCUCAAGGACAUGGCCAAGCUAUAUGGGCCAGCAAUGUUCUCAAAAGCACGGUAUGACAACACCAAUGCUCGGAGAUUGAUGGAGGAGAUGACAAUGGAAGAGAGAAGGAUGUUUGGGUUCAACACAGAGAGCAUAGAUUGGGAGCAUUACAUCAUGAACGUUCAUAUUCCGGGUCUGAAGAAGCAUGUCCUGCGGGGAAGACAGACUUGAAAGGAGUUCAAGAUUACACAGAAAGAUAUUGACUUUCCAUAAACCCUCUAUGCGCAAAACCGCCGUGGGCAUGGUUUGCAAGAAAAGAAUUUAAAGUGAAACAUGUAAUAAACAAAAAUAUUUAUGAAACAGCCAUUCUAAAGCUUGGUGUUGGUCACCAUAUAUAUACCAUAUAUCACAUAUGUUAAUAGCAAACGAGGACAAGA